AUGUCUGCACCGAAGUCUCGAACACUUCGACCCUCCCGCGAGUCAUUCCAAAAUUCUGGAUGGCUUCCCAAGAGCGAGAAAGCCUUCCAUGAUUACAUGAACAAGCUUUCCAAGAAGAUCGAGAAGCAACGGAAGUUAAUCCGCGCUGGAGAUGCUGCUCUCCUGCCAAGCGUGCAGAAGUUCAAGGACUUCAUCGAGAGCGAACCGACGGUCUAUGGAGAGUUCAUUCGCAUGUUUGAGGACGCUGACGACACAGAUCCCCCCAGUUCCUAUGAAGAUCUCAUCUUACAGAUCGACGACACUUUCCGUCACGCGCCUGCCUUCGGAGCCUUGGGCCCGCCCAUGUACAUGAUCAUGGCACGUAUCAUGGACACCCAAGGUGGCUUCUCCGCCUUCACCAAGGAAAACCUGAACAGGCACUUUAAGGAGAUGUUCGUGGCCUGGACACUCUUCCUCGCCUCCAAGGACUCUCGUGACGUACUUAACGCCGGCGAUGACGGCUGGUUAAGCACUGCAGCUAUGGACGCGAUGACCGAGCAAUUCCCCGGCCGCACCUUCGAGGACGUCUUCAUCUGCGACUCAGGCGCCGAAUACUACGGUUUCACCUCCUACGAGGACUUCUUCAACCGCCGCUUCGGUCACCCAGAAAUAGACCGUCCGACGAUCAACCUAGACGACAGCACCGUUAGCUUCGCAACGGAGUGCACGUCAUACGCCUACCAGGAGAACGUCCAAAAGUACGACGAACUCUUCAUCAAGGACGAGGCCUAUUCCCUUCAGCACCUCCUUGCCGGCCACCACGUCGAUGACUUCGUCGGCGGCACGGUUUUGCAGGGCUUCUUGAACACUACAGGUUACCACCGCUGGCACGCUCCGGUCAACGGCAUCAUCAAGCAGAUCGUUGAUAUUCCCGGCACGUACUUCGCCCAAGCGCCCAGUACCAUCGGAAAACCCAUCGAAGGUACCGAAGCGCCACCAUACUUGCAGUCCCUUCGUUUCUUCGCCAACACCGCCGCACGCCAGUUGAUGUUCAUCGACGCUGACGACGAGCAAAUCGGGCUCAUGUGCGUCGUCUCCAUCGGCAUGACGGAGAUCUCCACGUGCCAGGCCACGGUGUCCGAGGGACAUCACGUCGUCCGUGGCGACGAGCUCGGUAUGUUCCACUUUGGCGGGUCCUCAUCUGCUUUGGUGUUUCGAGCUAGCUCAGGCGUCAAUAUCGAUAAGGAGCUCAAGGUUCCUGAAGUGGCUUUGAAGAUAAACUUUCCUUUGAACCUAGGGCUCUCGAGUAGCCCGAUCGUGCCACCAGGGCUGGUCGGACGCGUGUGA